AUUAUUGUGUAAUGGGGCAAGAACAGAACUGAAAUGUUAGAAAAACAAGUUUGCAAAGCCAUUACAAAAAUUUAGCACAAGAAUUACAAAACGAAUGUGGCCUCAGUUUUGAAAAGAACGUUGAUAUAAACGGUCGGCGAAACAUUUCGAAACGGUCAUCUAAAAUUCAAAGCGAUAUUGGAAUUUCAAAGAAAAUAACUUGUUUUGUUAGAAAAAUGUUAUCCUUGAAAAGUUUUGUUGCUCUGCUCAUAUUGCAUUUAAGUCUAAACUGGACCCAAGAAAUCUCAACGGCAGGAUUACCACAACCAGCCAUCACUGAGACAUCAUCACCCAUUUCCAUUGAUUCUUCCACACCCGUGUUAUUGGAGUCUUAUACAAAAAAUGCAGAGGAACCGAUAAUCAGCUCCACAACUGGAAUAAAUAAUGAUCCUGUACCCAGUAUCCUAAAUGAAAUAUCUUCAACAGCAAAUAGUUUAAAUAUUUUGGAAAGUGGGAGCACCACCCCCUCUCCAUGGGAGCUUAUUUAUCCAGACCCUAAUUCGACAACAACCACCGCUGAGGAUUCCAAUUCCAACUUGGCAAAUUUUCAAACACCCAUUUCUCCUCAGAGUAUUUACAGCAGCACUGGUGGGGUUUCGAAAUACUUUAAAGUUGAUGAUGUUGUGAAUUGUGAAAAAUAUUUCGGCGAAUGUUUGCGACAGGUCUUGAGCAUUGUUACGCCGAAAUUGCGAAAUUCCCAAAAUGAAUCGCAUUUGCCUCACUCCGUGGAUCCUUUCUUUGUGAGCCGUAAUUCCUUUGAAUACAAUGGCGGGCCUUUGAAUGGCCGUAUCACUGUGGGCUAUGCCUAUGUCUAUGGUCUGGCAUCAAUGAAAUAUCGCAAGGUGAUCUUUAAAAGGACUUCGGGUAACAAUUUCAAGCUACGUCUCUCGGCCCUCAUACCAGCCCUAUUUGCCAAGGGUAGUUAUAAGGCGGAUUUGAAAUUGAAUUCUGUGGAUGUCCGCCCACGUGGCAAUAUGAAUAUUACCCUAUUGGGUAUUGCGGUGGAACAAUUGGCCUACGGGCAAAUCCUGGAGGAGGAUCAACAUCGUUUCCUGAGAGUUACAGGAAUGAAUGUUACAGCUGCAGUGCGAGAUGCCAGAGUGAAUGCUACAGGGUUGAUAGCCGAUGCUAGAUUGAAUGACAUCAUCCUCAAUGUGGCCAAUCAAUAUUGGCGUGACAUCUUUAACAUUGUCCUGCCCGAAACUAAGGACAAUUGGUCACCUAUCAUUAUGAAUGGCUUGAAUAGAGCCCUGGCGAUGGUUCCCUUUGAUUUCUUACAACUGGCCUAA